GGGAAUUAUCACCACAGGAGAGAUGCCUCUCAUCAACAGACUAGGAAAUAAUAGUGAUAGCUUUAAAUCCACACUAAAUAACAUCUCAAGACCUUGUGGGGAUGGUGUAACAGGUGAGUUGAUGAAAUGUGUGGCAAACGGACCUUAUUCAUAGACAUCACACUUAAAUAUGACAAGUGUAGCUGAAGAAUAAAUACAUGAUGUCAUUCGGGUUUGUUCUAAGUAGUCCAGCAUCAGGAUUAAUUCUUAUGCUUCUUAUCACCUUUAAUGGAAAUAAGGUCACUGGUAUUUCAUUAAUAGAUUGAAGUGUUAGCUACAAAAUAAUGAUCCGGGUACUUAAAAAUACUCUAUAUAUUUGCCUAUUAUAGACCCAUAUCUGGAGAGAAAAAAGUUCAGAAUAUCUCUUUCACUCAAGUCUCAUAUAAAGAAGGUUCGUUUACUUAAAGGCGCACGGUGGAGUCUUUACAGCUCAAGUCUGUGCAUGUUGUUUUUAUUAAAUAGUCGUUUAAGGAAUUGCUUUCACACUUACCAUUUACCAAGGUGUUUAAUUAUCUCGUAAAUACCACAAGCACCACUUCUUCAAUUAUAACAUCUUACUCUGAUCACAUUUUGUAUUAGUAUAUUCAUUAUAAUAUCUUAAAUGUAAGUCAAUGUGUUUAAACUGGGUCUAUCUAUUCAAUACAGAUAUCGUGUCGAUUUCAAUGCGUUUCCUUUUGACUUAUAACGAGAGACACUGUGAUAAGUACUUUCCCUCCUCAACAUGGAUGGCUGGGUUCGUUUAUGUAAAUUAGGCUAGAUUUUAAUUCUAUCAGGAGGACGGCCCUGUUCUCUACCCAAUAAAAAUGGACUGCGGCUGACACCUGGUUAUAAACACAGGAAGGAUUCCAAAGUCCUAAUCAGAAAUCAGUAGAAAAAAACGAAGACGCAUCUGCAACAGACACACGGAGGCAGGCGCGAUGACAUCCAGUAAAAUCGAACUCCCUGGUGAAGUGAAGACCGACGCCGAUGCCGCUGCGCUCAUGGCAUCUCUCCAGCUGAUGCCCUCGCCGGUGCCCAACGCGGAUAUCAAGUACACCAAGAUUUUCAUCAACAAUGAGUGGCAAGACUCUGUGAGCGGAAAGACCUUCCCAGUCUACAACCCUGCCAGCGGAGAGCAGAUCUGUGAGGUCCAAGAAGCAGAGAAGGCUGAUGUGGACAAGGCGGUGCAGGCGGCCCGGCUGGCCUUCACCCUUGGUUCAGUGUGGCGGAGGAUGGAUGCGUCAGAAAGGGGUAGACUGCUGGCUAAACUGGCUGACCUGGUGGAGAGGGACAGUGCGUAUCUAGCAACUAUAGAGUCCAUGGACAGUGGGAAGCCUUUCCUGCCCACCCUGUUUGUGGACCUCCAGGGAACCAUAAAGACGCUCAGAUACUAUGCUGGAUACGCAGACAAGAUCCAUGGAACGUCCAUUCCAAUGGAUGGAGACUAUCUUUCGUUCACUAGACACGAGCCCAUAGGAGUGUGUGGACAGAUCAUCCCUUGGAACUUCCCACUGAUGAUGACUGCGUGGAAGCUAGGUCCAGCGCUAGCCUGUGGGAACACGGUGGUCCUGAAGCCUGCUGAGCAGACCCCCCUCACCUGCCUGUACAUCGGAUCUCUGGUCAAAGAGGCUGGGUUUCCACCGGGAGUCGUCAAUAUUUUGCCAGGAUUCGGGCCAACGGCAGGAGCUGCGAUAGCUUCGCACAUGGGCAUAGACAAAGUGGCUUUCACAGGAUCAACUGAGGUCGGCAAGCUGAUCCAAGAAGCAGCUGGGAAGAGUAAUUUGAAGAGAGUAACGCUGGAGCUAGGAGGAAAGAAUCCCAACAUUAUUUUUGCAGAUGCUGAUUUGGAUCUAGCUGUGGAGCAGGCCCACCAGGGAGUGUUCUUCAAUGCAGGCCAGUGCUGCACUGCAGGCUCUCGUAUCUUCGUGGAAGAGCCCAUCUAUGAGGAGUUUGUGCGCAGGAGUGUAGAGAGGGCCAAGAGGAGGACAGUAGGAAGCCCCUUCGAUCCCACCACGGAGCAGGGUCCACAGAUCAGCCAGGAGCAGCAGAGCCGUGUGCUGGAGUUUAUUCAAAGUGGCAUCAGUGAGGGAGCCAGGCUGGAAUGUGGAGGCAAAGCCCUGGGCCUGAAAGGAUUCUUCAUCGAGCCCACUGUCUUCUCCAAUGUCAAAGAUGACAUGCGCAUCGCAAAAGAGGAGAUCUUUGGACCAGUUCAGCAGAUCAUGAAGUUCAAGACUAUUGAUGAGGUGAUUGAAAGGGCCAACAACACAGAGUACGGCCUGGUGGCAGCUGUGUUCACCAGCGAUAUCACCAAAGCCAUGACCAUCUCCACAGCCAUGCAGGCUGGCACCGUCUGGAUAAACUGUUUCAAUGCCCUGAGCAUGCAGUGUCCAUUUGGAGGAUAUAAAAUGUCUGGCAACGGGCGUGAAUUGGGGGAUUGUGGCCUGAAGGAAUACUCAGAGGUGAAGACCAUCACCAUAAAGAUCUCAGCCAAGAACUCCUAAGGCGGCCGGCCACACUACAUGUAGUGGAGGAGGACUUCCUCUGAGGCGCACCACUGACCCUCUGGGUGUCUGUCUGUGGUGGUAAAACACACGGAUCAUCCCAACUAGCCAUGACCAUGGGCAACUAACUCUAUUGGCUGUGAAAACUCCCUGCCCACUCCUCUCCCUCACCUCCCAUGGGCAGUCCUCACAUCAACAUCAGCUGUCUCCAUCAGCCCGGUGUCCACCGGCGGUCUCAAGUUCACACCAAACCUAUACUCCACCUACUGCCAUCACCCACCUCCUCCACUAACCACACUAAAGCACUCGGAGAGACGAUGGGAGAGGCUACUCUGUUCACGUCCCCCCCAAAACCCCCCUAACCCCCAGGAGUUGGACACUCACAGACUUAAGCACCGCACCGCCAUCCCUGCUUUGCCCCAUGUCAGCUAAUCAUUGUAGCGUGUUGGGAGGCAGUGUGGUCGUGUUGUGGGGUAUCAUUGUCAAACCUCACACUGUAUGUUAUUAUGUGUCAUUGCUUUGAUUUGCCAGGUAACAUUCAUGGAAGCAUAUCAGCUCAUUCUAAGACCACUGAAGCGCUCAACCUCAGAAAUGAAUGGAUGAGUCCAUUGAAACUGUUAAUUAGAAUUUUGAAUUGUUGAUAUCUAAUUGUUCAUGUUGUUAUUUGAAAUUUUACCACUUAACACUGUAUGUCCACGUAUGACCAAUGUAAACGUGAAAACAAAAAUGGUUAACCUCUUAAAAGCAUUUUAGUCAUACCUGCUAAGAAGAGGAGUAAUGUAUUUUAAUCAUAAUGUAAGUUUCUUAUUGAUGUCCAUUUAUGUUCAUGUUUAUACAAUUAUGUACUAUGAAAUUAUAAGAUAUAAAAAUGGACCAUAGCUUUUUUUAGUAAAAAAAGUUUUUUUUUCUCUCAAAA